AUGGUAUCAGACGCAAGUGGCUCUAACGCGGAAACCGAAUUUCCAGCCCUGAAAGCCAUGUGUCACCAUUCCGCAAAGGCGGUCCUCGUGCAUUCCUUUUGGGCAAACGCGGACGCAGCCGAGCAUCAUCAGCAAAUUUUAGCAGCGGAUCUAAUGAUGACGGGGAAAUCUUCACUCGUCAGCAAAGAAGAGCGAAGAAGGCAAGACUCUAGCGAUACUGAUGGGGACGAUUCUACAACGGAUCCAGAUAUCGAGUCAGAUGAUACAUCAUCAGAUAGUGAUGACGACGGCUAUGCGGAUGGGACCAGGGACAUGAUAGCACGGAUGCGCGAUCGUUGGGAAAGAUUUAGUCGAAAGCAGCAUAAAAAGGACCAGCUAUCUUCAAAUUCAAAGUGGGCCGAUCCGAAUAUUGCUCUUCGCGCUGUAGGAAAGAGGGAACUUACAGGUUUCCUUCGCUGGUGCCCCCAGCUACGGCGCGGCAAGAAUGGACGACGAGUGAAACGAAUCAAAAAGGCUAGUUCCUUGGACACGAACUGGAAGAUGUUUCUCCGCCACUAUGAACAAGUCAACGGAGAUCCAAUGGAUGAUAAGCUCGGCCGGCGAAUGAGAAAGGUUGAAAUGAAUCCCCCUCCCGUCAAUAUAUGGCUAACAAAUGGGUUUGAGCAGAGUAUACGACAUAUUGUGAAGCGAAAGAAUUUGGACACCAAAGAAAAGGAGAAGACCCCGAUGUAUAUUGAGGAUUUGGUUCCUCUCCAGGAAACUGUGCUCCGCACAACGGAGAAGCGGUUCCAUAUCGGGCUUCAGAGAAUGCAACAGUGUCUCUAUAACCUGAUGGCUUGCUUCACCGUCAAUCGAAUCAAUACGAUGAGAAUGCUGCAAUAUAAACAUCUACUGUGCUCAAUACAACGCGACCCCAAAGGUGGACCACCCCAGAUCUUGCUUGAGAUUACUUACAAGUUCGCCAAGAAAUACCUCGGUGUGACGCAAGGGAACACUUUCAUGAUUCCAGAGAUCAUCUACGAUCCAUCACUCAUGUUGAGCCCGCAUUCGUUUUUAUUGGGCAUGCUGUUCCAUGACGAAACCUUUCGUGCCCCGGGGAUAAGAUCCAUGGAAGACCUUCGACGCCUUUUGCUGGGUGGAGGCCGGCAGCAGAUGGAAGUCCCACUAAAGCUCGAGAAAGCUGAACAUUUUGUGUUCUGCAAAGUCGAAGCAAAUAAAGGCAAUAUCAAGUUCCAUCGUUACCGGCCUAACUCAGUGGGCUCAUUAUCCGGUCAGCUUCAAACCUUCGGGGAAAUCGCUGGCUUUAAAUGGAGUUUGUUUACGCACCGCUUCCGAUACGGCGGCGGAACAAUUCUGAAUAAAAGCGGACUGGUUAGCGAUGCAGAACAAAAUUUGAUUAUGAAACACGCCGACAUUAGGACAUUUCUGAAACACUACCUCCCACGCCGCAUUGGUACCGACAUGCAAGCCUUAAUGCGAGGGCUGGAACCUGACUCUGCAAUGAUGCGGGCGGUCACUCGAAUGGGGAGAUGGAUCGACACUCGGCGGCCCCGUGAGCUUUCAGAAAAACAGAAGGCAAGUGUAGAAGGCCUCCCCGAGCUACAAGAAGCCAUCCAGAAACGGGACAGCCUCGCCAAAAAGCUUGACCGUGGCAGCACAAAGAGCCACAGACGGCUGGACCGGCUCCAUCAAUCGAAGAAGAAUGUCACAAACACGCGCAACCGGCUGCUUUAUGAUCUUCGGAAACGCGUGAGAGACGAUUUUGACAGUCAGCAGGCUGUCGUAGACAUCGAGCGGCAACUCGCCGGCAGUGCGAUUCAUGAUGAAGAAACCAAAGAGAUUUUUCGGAUCUAA